AUGGCUUUUAAUUAUGACGCCAAGAAACUCCUCGCCUACCAACAUGCGAAAGAGCGAGCCGAUCGCGAGAAAGAGAUUCGUGACCGAAAGGAACGAGUGCGAAAAGCGCAAGAAGCACACGAAAAGGCGAAGCGCGAAGAAGCUGAGCGUGGUGGUUUCGAUGAGAACAUGGAUGAUUUCCCGGGAAUGGGCGGUGGAAUGGGAGGCGGAAUGGGAGGCGGCAUGCCACCCGGAAUGGAUCAGAUUUUCUCGGAUCCCGAUUUCCAAGAGUUGCUCAAAGAUCCCUCAAUGAUGGCUUCACUUUCUGAGGUGAUGCAAAAUCCGGCAGCGAUUGGAAAGCACAUGAACAACCCAAAGCUGAUGAAGGUGUUCUCGAAGUUGAUGGGUGGCGCUGGAGGAAUGGGCGGAAUGGGUGGAUUCGGCGGAGGAAUGGGCGAAGAAAGCCACCACGGUCACAGCCAUGCUGACGGUGAGCCAUGCGGAGGACAUGCUCAUGCUCAUGCCGGGCAUGCUCAUGCCGAAGCCAAGCCAGAUUCGGAUGUUCCCAAGAAAGCUCCCGAGCCCGAUCUUGAC